AAUUUGGGUUACCUAUCCGGCAUUUUACCAGUUCAAUAUCGCAAAAUAAAUCUAGGGAGCCUUGGAGAUAAAGCCAAUAAGUCAAGUUGUACAAACCUGUAGAACUUUAAGUUAUCGAACGGAGCACAAGAAAAAUUAAAGCAAAAAAUCUGAAUCGGAGCUAAAUUAAAAUGACGUUCGUUCAAAAGUUUCUUGGUUGCAUUGAGAUCAAGUUUGCCGUCAUCAUAAUUGGCUUUGUUGAUUUGAUUUUAAGUCUUCUGUGCGGCGUCUUCUUUCCAUGGAUCAGACGCAAGGCUGAACUGGACUAUUAUGUAGCUACGCCAUAUACUGAGUCUGGUUCCACGUGGUGGAUCAACCCCGAUGAGUAUUAUCACAGCAGAUUUGGCUAUGCAAUGUGGGUAUUCCUUGUGAUCGUCCUUGUCCUCCAUGUCGGCGCUUGUAUAUUGAUUAUAGUUUCUUCCUUCUCGGAGGCAAAGUGGAUGGUGGCUCCCUACCUAACCACCGCCAUUGUUCGUUUUGUGUUGUUGUUUUUAAUUAUGCUAUGGAUGGUGGCCAAGUGUCACGACAAUAAAACAUGCUAUUGGUUAAUCGGCUUUAGCUUGUUUCCUGCCACUUAUUUUUAUCUCACUGCCGUGUCGUGGUACGUUGAGAACGACUCUUAAAAGCAUCCAUUUUCAAAACCUCCAACUUUUUCCAAAAAUUUCCAUUUUCAAAAUCUCAAAUCUGCCACUUGUUUUUAUCUCACUGCCGUAUCGUGGUACGCUGAGAACGACUCUUAAAAACAUCCAUUUGCAAAACCUCAACUUUUUCCUAAAAUUUCCAUUUUCAAAAUCUCAAAUCAAGUUAGGCCUCAUAUAUUAGUCAUUUCACAUACGUCAUUCUUACUCGGUCCCCUUAAAAAACACAGUCUGAACCGAUUCGACACUAAAGAAUACAUAUAAUUCCUGAGAAACAGAAUGGGGUUACCCGUUUUUAAAGAUUGCUGCUGCCUUGAGCUGAAAUGGGGAGCUCUAAUAGUCGCUAUCAUCGACCUUAUAUUUGCUGGGGCCGCCGGCGGUGGUGGUGGUGCUUUGUCUGGGACUGCCAGCAUUUUAUGGAUGGUAUGCCUCGUUAUUCACGUCGCGCAUAUCGUAGCAUGCAUUUUGGUCAUAGUUUCAGUUUUCAAGCCGAAUAAAAACUUCGUUGUUCUUUACCUUAUAACCGGUCUCCUGAGGAUAAUAAUCGACAUAGUAUUUCUAAUAUAUUUAUGUGUGGCAUAUAAGUUCUCAUCAAUUUUGGUUACCGCCAUCAUCCUAAUAAUUUCAAUCGUUAUCGGAUGCUAUUUUUGGUUGGUUAUUUACUCAUGGUACCGAAAACUUGGAGGUUCAACCCCGGCCGAUUAAAAAUUCUGUUUCUCAGAAUUUAACAAUUACAAAUUCGGAAGUACGAGACCACAUAAUAUACAAUAUAAAUCUAAUAUAUUAUAUUCAAAACUCUGAGGAACAUGCAUGGUCGAUUCACAAUUCUUCGAGUUUUCCAGUGAUGUACAAUUUGGAAUAUAAAUUAUUACAUGGUACCAUAAACUCGGAGGAUUAUCCCUGUACAAUGGAUAAUAACUGGAUUCUUAGAAUUUAACAUGUACGCAUCGGAUACUUCCUUUAUUUACGAGCACAUAGUCUACAACUUGGAAUAUAAAUUAAAUGCAUGGCAUACAAAACUCGGAGGGUCAUCCUUGGCUGAUCCGAGUUUUCCAGUGAUGUACAAUUUGGAAUAUAAAUUUGUAUACUUGGUACCCGAAAUUCUGAGGAUAAUCCCUGGUCUAUUCCAGAUUCCCUGAUUUUUUCCAGUGAUGUACAAUUUGGAAUAUAAAAUUUAAAGUGUAUUUCUGUUCCCAUGUAACAAUGUGUUUCAGCACCUAAAAAUGUAAGAAAUCUACUUGCUCGCAUUCAGAUACAAA